AUGUAUGCAAAAACCAAACCAAAAUCUGAUUUGACGGCGAUUAAGUUGGACAAUGAGCUGAAGAAGUUAGACGAGCUGCAAAACGAACUUGAGAAAGAAUACAUUACAGGUCCUUUACAAAAAAAUAUAAAGACAGAUCUUAACAUAGUGUACGUAGGGAGCGUGGACUACGAGACGACGGCUCCUAUUCUGAUGGCCCAUUUCCACGGCUGCAGCAUAGUCAACAGGGUCACCAUACCUGUGAACAAGUUUAACAGCACUCCAAAGGGUUUCGCCUACAUCGAGUUCUCUGAGCCUUCAUCAGUGGAGUUGGCCAUGACUUUGGACCAGUCUCUUUUGCGUGGAAGAAAGAUCAAAGUGGUCCCGAAGAGGACAAACAAACCUGGAUUCUCGACCACCAACCGUCCGACCAGAAGUGAUGCAUUCGGUUACCAUGGCAGAGGUACACUCAGACCCAGCAGAGGUUACACAGGAAGGAUCCCUCAUACUCGUGGCUACGGCGGAGUUAGCCGCUUCACUCCGUAUUAA